AGGCAGAGCUCGGAGAGGCAGGCCGGGGGGGAGAGAGGCGCACACGAGGCGGAGAGUCCGGCUGCAGAACCGGCAGGGAUGCGGCGGCGGCGGCUGCAUCCUCCCCGCUCCCCGGGCCACAAGCCCAGUCCAGCGGGGGAGCCGCUGGGAGUCAGGUGCAAUCACUGAUCUCCUGCUUCCCCGGCCCUGGGGUCGCCCCGGCCCCGGCUCCUGUCGGUCGGCUGCCGCUGCUCGCCUGGGAAUGGAGGUUUCUCUGCAGCGAGCUGGGCGCUGCUGAAUUCAUCACACGCCUCCUCCUCCGGGUGUGUGUGUGUGUGUGUGUGUCUGGCCCCGCAGCCCCUCGGAUGCGGCCAGGCUUCCAGCGCCCACCAACAAAGGCUCGGGUCGGGACAGCCCUAGCCAGCGGUCCCCUCCCUCCGGCUGGCCCCAGUCCCACCCUCUCUCGGUUCCGGCGAUUGCCGCCCUCUCUGGAGGAGCCGGGGACAGGUAUGGAUUGAGCAUCAUCCGCCGCCGCGCGCCAGGAGCUCGCGAGCCCGGCUCCCCGGGGAGCAUUCGGGGGGCUCCUCUCCGCAUCCCCCCCUCGGAGCGGAGCGUGGCCGGAGGCGGGGGGCAGCGCACCCGCUAGCAGUGCCUGGUGCUGGCAUCGCCCGAUGGUGCAGGGACGUCCCUCAGGCUCACCACCUGCCUGCUCGCCACAUCUGCCUCUUGGCCCUUAACUGGAAAUGCCCUUAAGGAGCCAGCACCCUGCCCCACGGUGCCCUCUUCCCCCCAGCGCCGGCACCCCUCCCUGUGCCCCCGCCGCCCCCUGGCCUGCACCAUGACAGGGGCCCUGCUUGCUUCCUGCGGAGGGGUGCGCGGCAGGUUGAGUGGCUCUGGCUGAGGGAUGGCCUCUCUGGACCUGCCCUACCGCUGUCCACGCUGCGGGGAACACAAGCGUUUCCGGAGCCUCUCCUCGCUGCGGGCCCACCUGGAGUACAACCACACCUAUGAGACCCUCUACAUCCUCUCCAAGACCAACAGCAUCUGCGAUGCCACCGUCUUCCCCUUGGCGUCCGAUGCCACCCUGCUGACCCCGGCCGCCCGCCGGGACAUCUUCGAGAGCACCUCCUUCCAGGGCAAGGAGCAGCGCUUUGCCUGCGACCUCAUCUCGGCCGACGAGCUGGAGCCCGUCUCCUCCUCUGCGUCCCGCUACGUGCACGAGAUCGAGAUCCCGCUGACCGAGAUCUUCACCCGCAAGGCCAUGAGCUCGGCCACCACCCCUCCCGCUGCUGCCGCCGCCGCCGCUGCCGCCGCAGUGGAUGCCGCCUAUGAGGAAGGCCUGACCCGCCUGAAGAUCCGGGCCUUUGAGAAGCUGGAGGUGGACAAGCGGCUGGAGAAGCUGACGGAAGAGGUGGAGCAGAAGAUCGCCUCGCAGGUGGGCCGGUUGCAGGUGGAGCUGGACCGGAAAAGCUCAGAGCUGGAGAAGGCCAAGCAGGAGAGUGUGAGGCUGAGCCGGGAGAAGCAGGAGCUGGAGGACCGGGCGACGGAGCUCUCCCGCCAGGUCGACGUCAGCGUGGAGAUGCUGGCUUCCCUCAAGCAGGACCUGGUGCAGAAGGAGCAGGAGCUGACCCGCAAACAACAGGAGGUCGUCCAGAUAGACCAGUUCCUCAAGGAGACGGCGGCCCGCGAGGCCAACGCCAAGGUGCGGCUGCAGCAGUUCAUCGAGGAGCUCCUGGACCGGGCCGACCGGGCGGAGAAGCAGCUCCAGAUUAUAAGCAGCAGUUGCAGCACCACCCCCAACGGCAGCCUGGGACGGUGCAGCGUGCCCGGCUCCAAGGGCGCCAGCAGACCGAGGGACAGGCACGCCGGCCCCGGGGCAGCUACCCACAGCUCCUACGUGGAGUCCAAUCAGAGAUCGUCUUCUAGCACUGGGGCCUCCAGCCGGGUGAAGGCCGUCUCCCAGAGCUCGGGCUGCUACGAGAGUGACGGCGCCGAGCUGUACCAGCCGGAGGAGAACGCCGACGGGCACCCCUACCACAGCGGGCAGAGCCGGGGCGUGGACGGCGGCUUCGAGCGGCCUGCGGCGGCCCGCAACUCGGGGCUCCGGAGGCAGGCCAUCCAGAACUGGCACCGCCGGCCAUACCGCAACAGCACCGAGGGGGAGGAGGGGGACGUCUCAGACGUGGGCUCCAGGACGACCGAGUCGGAGGCCGAGGUGUGGGAGCAGGACCCCCGGAUCCCACCGGAGGCGAACCUGGCGAGGCCCCUCAACAGCUGCAGGCUGAUGGCCAGGUCUGAGGGGGGCGGCGGGAAGGCCAUCCGGCCCGAGAGAGGCAGCCCGUCCCGCUCCAACGAGGUGAUCAGCCCGGAGAUCCUCAAGAUGCGAGCUGCUCUCUUCUGCAUCUUCACCUACCUCGACACCAAGACCCUGCUGAAGGCUGCCGAGGUCUGCAAGGACUGGAAAUUCGUGGCGCGCCACCCUGCCGUGUGGACCCGGGUGCUGCUGGAGAACGCCAGGGUGUCAUCGAAGUUCCUGGGCAUGCUGUCGCAAUGGUGCACCCAGACGCACUCCCUCACGCUGCAGAACCUCAAGCCACGGCUGAGAGGGAAGAAGGAGAGCAAGGAGGAGUACAUGAAAAGCACCCGGGGCUGCCUCGAAGCAGGGCUCGAGUCCUUGCUGAAGGCCACGGGCGGGAACUUGCUCAUCCUGCGGAUUUCACACUGCCCCAACAUCCUGACAGAUCGCUCCCUCUGGCUGGCCAGCUGCUACUGCCGGGCGCUUCAAGCCGUCACCUAUCGGAGCUGUACAGACCCUGUGGGCCAUGAAGUCAUCUGGGCAUUGGGAGCAGGCUGCAGGGACAUCAUCUCGCUACAGGUGGCGCCGCUGCACCCUUGCCAGCAACCAACACGUUUCAGCAACCGCUGCCUUCAGAUGAUCGGCCGAUGCUGGCCGCAUUUAAGAGCGCUGGGCGUCGGCGGCGCAGGCUGCGGAAUUCAGGGACUGGCUUCUUUAGCUCGUAAUUGCAUGCGGCUGCAAGUGCUGGAACUCGACCACGUGACGGAAAUUAACCAGGAGGUGGCGGCAGAGGUGUGUCGGGAGGGCCUGAAGGGCCUGGAGAUGCUGGUGCUGACCUCCACGCCUGUCACCCCCAAAGCCCUGCUGCACUUCAACAGUGUCUGCCGGAACCUCAAGUCCAUUGUGGUGCAGGUGGGCAUUGUGGACUACUUCAAGGAGCCGAACAGCCCCGAAGCCAGGAAGAUGUUUGAGGAGAUGGUGAACAAACUCCAGGCCCUGAGGAAAAGACCCGGCUUCUCAAAGAUUUUACACAUUAAGGUGGAAGGAGGCUGUUAGCCCUGCAGGGAACGACGACACGUGUCCUCCUCCGUCCACCUGAGCAACAGAGACAGUGAAACCAAACCCACCGUCCGCCCUUUGUUUGAAACCCGGAGCCACAGAAGAGCCAGCCAACGCACACAACUCGUGUAGGCCUUAGUGACUGGAAGUGGCCCGUUCCCUCACUGGGGCAGGGUAUGUAACAUAUCGCGGACGUGACGGUGCUACAAAGAUAGCUUCUCGGCCUGCCGGAGAGGGCCCGGCCACUCUCUUUCUGCCUGAGGAACUAGGCCGGACACCCUGUUGCCAAGGAGCUUUGCGUUGGGGACAUUUCUUUCUUUGAGCCCCGCUUUCGUUUAGCGGGAGCUGGGGAUCUCAGUGACUCGGCACGUGACCCAACCAAGCACAGCUUCCCCCUCCUUGCCACCUGAAUG